AUGUCUCCCUCUCUUACGCCCUCUCCUUUGACGCGUCCCCAGACUGCGAAGAAAAUCAUUCUCCCCGACCUUGUCUCUCAUUGUACGUUCGAUCUUCGAAUGAGCCGACACAGGAAACAGGUUACUGUGGAAACGAAAAAGUGGUUGUUUAAGGAUGGGAAUCUGCUAGGCAAGAAACGCGAAGCCUAUCACGGUCUCAAGUGUGGGCUCUUAACCUCGAUGUGCUACCCUGACGCCGGCUAUGGGCAACUACGAGUUGUCAACGACUUUUUGACCUACCUUUUCCAUCUCGACAAUCUUUCGGACGAUAUGGACAACAGGGGAACUCGUACCACCGCCGACGAAGUCCUCAACUCUCUCUAUCAUCCCCACACUUGGCGUUCGUCAGCAAGAGUAGGAAAGAUGACGCGAGAUUACUAUAAGAGGCUCAUUCGCACAGCGUCUCCCGGUGCCCAGCAGCGUUUCAUUGAGACGUUUGAUUUUUUCUUCCAAAGCGUAACCCAACAAGCUUUAGAUCGUGCUGCAGGAGUAAUACCCGACCUCGAGUCUUACAUCGCUCUGCGACGCGAUACAUCAGGCUGCAAACCGUGUUGGGCUUUGAUUGAAUACGCAAGUAAUCUCGAUAUACCCGACGAAGUUAUGGAGCACCCCACCAUACUCGCUCUGGGCGAAGCUGCAAACGAUUUGGUGACCUGGUCAAAUGAUAUCUUCUCUUACAAUGUUGAGCAGUCUAAGGGAGAUACUCAUAACAUGAUUCCCGUUGUCAUGAAUCAAGAAGGCAUCGACCUCCAGGAGGCCGUGGACUUCGUCGGGAAUAUGUGCAAGCAGUCUAUCGAUCGUUUUAACGAGGAAAGACGUGCCCUUCCUUCAUGGGGUCCAGAAAUUGAUCGCGACGUCGCUAUCUACGUCGACGGCUUGGCCAAUUGGAUCGUCGGUUCUCUCCACUGGUCGUUCGAGUCCGAAAGGUAUUUCGGCAAGAACGGUAGACAAGUCAAGGCGUCUCGCACUGUGGAGUUACUUCCCCUGAAGAUUUAA